AUGGCAAUGAAUGUUAUUCUUCGUAAUCAUCCAACCCAUCCAAACCAUGAACUAGAGCCCCAAAACUAUGCACGACCAUACACCUGCCAUGGCUGCAAACAAAAAGGCUUCGGCCCUCGAUAUCGAUGCCAAAAUUGUGACUUCGAUUUCCACCAAGCUUGCACUUACACGGGAACCGACCCUGUUUACCAUGACUACUUCCCUGGUUCUAAGUUCAUGUUUCUUAGAAACCCACCAGAACCCUGCCAUCCAGAGUGCAAAAUAAGAUGCGAUGCUUGUAGAAACACCAUCAAAGGCUUUGUUUUUCACUCCGAAGAGGAUGACUUGGACCUCCACCCAUGUUGCUGGAACCUCGAAAGAAGUUACCAAAUCGAAGACAUGAAGUUUAACCUCAACAAGAAGGUGAAAGGGAAGUGCAUGUGGUGCAAUAGCAAGAGGCUCAAAGAUGGUGGUACCGAUAAUGGAUGGUCCUACGUGUCCAACAGCGGGAAGUACCAUGUUCAUGUCGCUUGUGUUACUGAAAUAGCUUUGGAAGCAUGGUAUAACAACAACAGAACUGAUGGUGGUGGAGGAAGCAGUAGUACUAGUAGCCGUGGUGGACAAGAAUUUUUGGCUCUAAAGAAGAAACUGAAAGAAGUUCAAGUUGUUGGAGGUUAUGGAGAUGGCGGAUUUGGGAAGAACAAGUUCUGGAGAAUCUUAAAGUUCCUCGUCAAGACUGUUGUUAGUAUCGUUAUUGGAGAUCCUACUAUGAUUCUCGCCUCUUUCUUCGUCGAUCUACUUUCAUGA